UCUUGCACAAGCCGGCCUUGUGGUGAACUUAAAACAGUCAGUUUAAUGAAUAUUGGUAGCUAUGUCAGCUCUGCUGAGUGAUGUAUUAUCGUUGAACAAACCUUUAGCGUUCCAGUUAAUACGGGCAUUAAGCCCCAAUGAACUGUGGAGAAGCUUACGGUCGGUUAUUCCGGACACCCACCUAAGCGCUACCUUCUCGCCGUGUUCUGCCGAUGAUCUGGUGCUCGCUUUGCAGAACAGUUUUGUCUCACUCGGCGAGCUCGUAAAGUGGCUUGAAUUAGUCCACGCGUUCGACGCCUUGCUCCUCUUGAAGCCCGACGAGCCUGUGGUGAUACGAGAGCAUCCGCAACCGCGUCUCCAGCUGGAAUCUCGAACCGACGCGGUGCUGCGACUGACGUGCCGUGCCUCGUCCUUUCCGCCACCCAAUUACCAAUGGUUUCGCGACGGCCAGCCACUCUUCUGCGACGAGUCGGUCUACACGAGCCCUGUGCUCGAAAUCCGCAACCCGACUCCGGCGCAUUCUGGAAUUUACACUUGCCGCGCCUGGAGCGUACGGGGCUCGGAAAAGUUCUCAAAACCGUGUAAAGUCACCGUCAAGCUGCCCGCUUCGUGCAACAGUGGUUCAGCGGAGUCAGCGCCUCUUUCCGCGACCGACAAGGUCGCCUUGAUUAUUAGCAACUCGGCUUACUCGUGUGGUGACACGCUACCCCUCACCGAGAACGACGCGGAAAGCCUGGGCAAGGCGCUUGCGGCGCUAGAGUUCCGCAUUAUAGCGUUCAAGAACCUGCGCAAAGGUGACAUCGCGUACGCACUUGGAAUAUUCCGGCAAUUUCUCAAACCUGGCUCGUACAGUGUUUUCUACUACGCGGGCCACGGAUUCAAAGAAGACGGCCGGGACUACAUUCAGCCGGUAGAUUGCGACGACAACGCACCCGCCGACGAUUGCGUCUGUUUCCAGGAGAUUGUAGAAGAAAUAAGAGCCGCUCCUUGCAGCCUCAACCUGAUCAUGUUGGAUGCUUGUAGAGACACCCGGGAGCUGCCGAGCUCGUCCGCUGUCGGAUCGACUUUGCGGAUCAAUGGGGCCAGACCGCAACACAUUAGGAGAAGCACAAUCGUCGUUUACGCAACGUCUCCGUGCACUUCAGCCGUCGAAGUGGAUGGCCAUCCGAACGGCCUCUUUAUGGAGCACUUCAGUAAACAUGUAGGCGAGACGGCCAGUGUUCACGAGGUGAUCCUCCGAAGCCUAAAGGAUUUUGAAAGGCACAAGCUUGCCAGCAUGCAAGUGCCUGUGGUUAAGUAUGACAUCCCGGGUGAUCACUCCCUCAGUGAUCCCAUUAUAGACAGUCCAUUGUACUACGAAAACAAACGUCUUUGGUUGCACAUUAGCCGUCUACCACAAAACAGGAAGUUUCAGGUUGGUGUCACCGAGCACACCUUACACGUUGAGUUUUCGUGCGAAAAAGAAGUUUUUUGCAACAGCAUGGUAGUCGUUGCGUCUGUCGUGCCUCAUAUUCCGAACGUCCAUGUAGAUUUGCGAACAGUGGAAUGCCGUGGUGGCACUGUGCUGCGUCACUCCAGUUCUGUUGUUACUGUCUGUAACUUGCAGAGUGUGACAUCACAGGUGUGCUUCAAUGUUGUUUUAAGGGAUCUAGACUUGGGACGCACCCUGUACCACAGGAACAUUAACUGUGGCUGGCCUCUGGUUUCUGCUUGGCGUUUUCGUGAUAGCGUUAUCUGCAUUGACUGAUAUUUCUUACAAUAUGGCUUAACUCAGAAACAAGGGAAGUCAUAGUCAUCUGUUCCUAGAACUUAUGAACCUUGUGCAGUUGGGGAAACUUGUUUUUUCUGUCAUUUCUGUGUGGUCAUUUCUGUGUGUUCUUGCUGUAUCCACAUAACAGUUCAUGAAUGCUGGUAAACGUUGUAUUGCCAAAAUGUACUUAUAUCACUUUACAUUAAGGUACUUACUUAUAAAACAACUUCUUAUAAAGAAACUGACCACAAGACACUUGCAAAUGCUAGCAAUUUUAUCCAAGUGAGGCGUAUAGUUAGGCAUGUUAAAGUUGUUAUUUGUUGGAAUGCAAUUAACUUAUGUCAAGGAGACAACAGGGUUAUUGUUUGGUAUUCCUAUCACAUUCUGAGUUGCUGCCCACACACUUCUCCCCUUAUGAUAAACAAUUUUGUUAAAUUACCUGACGAAGUGCCUGGAAGCUUAGUUUCCGUGCAGGAGCAUUUAUAAAGUAUACUAGUCAAGAAUUGCUGCUUGUAUCCACGAGUUUUCUAGAACCUGAAUAUCUUUUGGGAGGCCAUACUAUUUUUCACUAAAAAUUCCAUUGCCUCACACAACUGCUCUGAAAAUCCAGUAAAUGGGUAAUCAGAAACUGUUGACAAGCUUUCACAAGGCAUCUCAGUUACUAGAAAAACGUUGUAUUUGCCUGGGCUUUGUUUGAUUAUUAUUUCUCCUUUUAGCAUAAAGAAAUACUUGCCCUACUCUUAGAAUAUUUAGGUGCUGUGCCUGAGCGUACUUGUGUGGCCACUGAUGUGCGCCAUGACCAUGCCGGAAAUAACAUGUGAAUGCCAAGAAUCCAUACACUGGUUCUGCCAUCUGGUUAAACUAAAGAUAACUUCGACGGGCUUUGUUUUAUAUAACGGACAUGACAAAGCUAAGUUGCUCUCAGUGCUGCUUAUAUUUGACAUUUUCAUUUUAUGCUGUGCUACGAGCCACCCUUGACCAUCUGUAAUAGAUGGAAGCAUGUCCGUUGGCACAAUGACAAAACUAACUGAAAGUUCUUAGUAUAAGUGCAUGUGACUGAGCUAAUAGGUGUGUGCAUUGGGUGGGAGAGGGACGGCCAUAGUUUAUUGCAGAGGCCUCAAAUGUGGCCCGCAGACAACUAUUUAGCAGCACGUGGCCCGAACAUGGUCAUAUGAAUAUUUUAUAUGAGGAUUGUUCAUAAGCUACACAGGCAUGGCUGGUCUUAGGCAUUUUUUUUUUUGUUAGGCAUCCCUGUGGUCACCACGUUUUGAUAUAUAACCAUGGAACGAAACUCAAAA